GCAGUAUCUUUAGUAAAAUAAAAAUAAACAUGGCAGUCUAUUUUACGCGGUACAAAACUAUAUCGUGACGAUGAAAAGUUAAAGACAAUGAAUUUUCAAAAUUUUGUAUAAAUAAAAAAAUGAAGGCAGUAAAAACAAACGAUCACCUUUCAGAAAUAGAAAAAGCUUUUUUUCUAAAUGUCAAAAAUGGUAAUUUGUCAGCUGUAAAAGAACUCAUAAGUCAAGUAAAUGUAGAUGUUACUGAAGAGGAUGGAAUGACAGCUCUUAUGUAUGCAAGUUAUAAAGGGAAUGAAGAAAUGAUAGAGUACUUACUGUUACAUGGUGCAAAUGUAAAUAGUGAUGCGCAUAAGGAUUUGUACACUCCUCUUAUGUUUGCAACACUGUCUGGUUCAGCAGACUCUGUACGUCUCCUUCUUGAAGCUGGUGCAAAAUCUGAUACCAUCAAUAAAAUCAAUCGCACUGCAUCUCAACUUGGUGCAUUUACAGGUCGCCAUGACUGUGUCAGUAUAAUCAACAAUUUUGUUCAGCUAGAAGAUAUUGAGUAUUACACUCGCAAACAAGGUUUGGAUGAGUUCAUACUUAAGGAACAUCUUGUAAAGCCACUUCAUAAAUAUGUAAUAACUCCAAAUUUAAACCCAGUUAAGUUAGUGCUAUAUGUAAAGGAAAACACAGUUUUAUUGGCAGAUUAUACAUCAGUUGAUAAAGUUCUGACAAUGUUUUGUCAAAAAUCAUUCAAAAAUGUUAACGAAGUUCUUGCAAUAAAAACUCAUAUUUUGAACUUUUUCUUCAAAAAAUGUUACCUCUGGGAUCAAGGAACAGAAGGAAAAAAUGGAAUUAAUGGCUUGCUAAAAUACUUAGUUAAAGGUAGAAGCAGUGAUGGGUUCGCUAUUGGAACAGAAACAUUAUUACGUGAUUCAUUGAAGUCUUUUCCCUAUGCGUCUUCUAAUGUUUUUCAACAGCUUAUCAAAACAUUGUCUUCUGUGCCUAUGGGAGGAAGUCCAAGUGCAAUUGCUGCAAUUACUCAGUCGAUAAAUGGACUUCAGAGUGCUGAUUUCACUGAAUGCUGUUCUUGCUGUGGAAAUCGGCGAUCGUUCAACAAAUGUAGCAGUUGUAAAAUGGUUAAGUAUUGCAACCAAUCUUGUCAAAAGCUUCAUUGGGGAACUCAUAAAAAAUUCUGUGAACGUCUCAAAGAAGAAUUUCUCCUUCUUCAACAACAAAAAGUCAUAGAUAAAGAACGUGAAGAAAAUCGUGUAAAUAAAGAACUUCAAACUCAAGAAAAUGUUGAAACCUGAUUUGUUUGAAAAUAUUGAAAUUUUUAUUUAUUGAUUAUAUUUUUGAGUUUUAAAAUUAUUUUGUAUAAUACUUGCUAAUUUUUUUUUUAACAUAUAUUUCUUUUUUUAUGUGUAAUGAUUUAUUAUUUAUGCCGAUAAUUUAUUUUUCUGUAAUCUUUGUUCAAUGUUAUUGUGAUAUUAUUUGUUACGUGUAUGAUUUGUUACUUUAUUCAUCAUUUUUAUUUAAAAUAUUAAAAAAUGAUAGUUUUAA